AUGGUGGAUUCAAUACAAUCUCGCCCACACACACAUUCGCGAUCUCAUGUCCUUUCCACUGGAUCAGUUGCAGUUGAUGAUGAUGAUUCUUCACACUCACGCUCUGCCAGUGAACAUCCUUCUGGAGCCUUUGAAAGUUUCACUGAUGAACAUCCUCCUGGAGCCUUUGAAAGCUCCAUUGUCAAAACACCCUCUCGAUUCGAAGCUGGUUUGAAUACAGCUCCUGACACGGUCAGGCCGGCCCCCCGAUCUACUCGACAGCUUGAUGAAGCUGGUUCUCAUGAAUUCAACAGUUUGAGCGAGGCAAUAUCAGACCAACAGAUGGAACAUCUCAAGAUGAUACUUGAGAUGGACAAGAGAAAGCAAAGAGUCUUAGAACUCGAACUACAACUGGAAAAACUCUGUCAACAGAGAUUCUCUACAGAUUGAUCACAGAAUGUCAACAAUCAUCCUGCC